GGCACUCUGCAUGGUUACCAAGGCCAACAUCCUAGUUACAAAGACCAACAUCCUGUUUCCAGAGGGGAUCCCUCAGUGCAUCAGCAGACCCCACCUCUUCAGAUGAUGUCUACACCAGUUGCCUUUACGGUGAUACUCCAGUAAUACCUUCAUAUCCACAGCCACAAAAUCAGAACACUGCAUUCCUUCUGAUUCAGAACUCACACAUGGGUGGGGUGGAAGUGAGUAUGGUGCAUUAAAGCAAUAUCAAAACUCUGUUGGCGUUAGUUUCAUUGUAAGAGCCUGUUCUACCUCUGCCUGUGUUCUCUCAGCCCAGGGCUACCGCUGCACUCUGCAGCAGAGGCCCAGCAGCAACAGAGCUAGGGUGACUCCCAGGAGCAAUGCCAGCGAAGCGGGCGGGAGAGUGAGGCCACAGAGCAGUUCUCUGGGUAGAAUGAAGAACAGCCUGUUACUGCACCCGGGGGAGAAGGAGGGCACAAAGGUCCGAGCCAUGGAGCUGAAGUCAGGUACAGGACUGGUAAACACCCUCGCCUUAGUGAAAAAAAUAUUGAAUAUGUUCCAACUGUCACAUAUUUUCUAACAUGCAAAUCAUAUGAUAUUCUAAUAAAUUACAGGAUGUUGAACUCUUUCUAGCAUAGACCUGCCAUGCCUCCUCUCCUCUUACCUCCCCACCCAUGUAAACAUUGUUAUCCACUUCAGAUCUAGAUCUCCUCAUUUUUCAUCUCCUGUUUCUAUUUCGCUUGCUUACACAGUCCCUUAAUCCACAAAGCUAACUUGGAAGGCACACUAGCUUUGCGUGUAACAAAUCAAACACAAAUCAAAAGCCCAAUUACUACUGCUUAAGUGGCUAACCUGACCCAGACUGCAGAAUCUGCAGCUAAUGUGUAAUCAUCACUGCCAUAAUAGGCAACUGAGGCUGCUGUUAACCCUCAGUGCUAACCACUUAAAAUGCCCUUUGAUCAGAGGGCUGUCUUAAGAGUCAACACUGGGGCUACACACACAGGCUUCCAUCUACCUCACAAAUCCCCACAAACAUAACCAAACAAUUAACAUUUCUGACUUCAGGCAAAACAGCUGUGGUUCAGUUGUGGUUGCCCUAACAAAUAAUCCACCAAUUUUAUUACACUCGCAUGAAGUUGUCUGUGUGUGUAUUAGCUGUGCAGUGGUGUGGGUUUUUGAGCUGCAGCUUUUGUUAAUGACCUUUGAAUCCUCGUUCGAUAAUGGUCACACUGUCUUAAUGUAACCGGUGUGAAAUGGCUAGCUAGUUAGCGGUGCGCGCUAGUAGCAUUUCAAUCGGUGACGUCACUCGCUCUGAGACCUUUAAGUAGUUGUUUCCCUUACUCUGCAAGGGCCGCGGCUUUUGUGGAGCGACGGAUAACGGUGCUUCGAGGGUGACUGUUGUCGAUGUGUGCAGAGGGUCCCUGGUUCAAGCCCAGGUAGGGGCGAGGAGAGGGACAGAAGCAACACCGUUACAUUAACACUGCUUCAGAUAUAGUCAUGCUCAAUCUCUCAUACACUGACCAUGCUAAUUUCAAGAUGUUGUAUUUGGGACAUCAGCCAGAAGUGAAUUUCAUCAAACAUCUGCAGACAUAGUUUCAUAGAGUAGCUGUUGACACUCCAAAACCACAUCCCACACAUUCAAACUGAUUGACUUUGAAACACAUUUCUUGUAAGAAUGUCCCAGAGUGCCCUGCAACGCCAAACAUGACAACACUCAUGGACAGCAGCAGGACACGUGGCGGGGAGAAGGCCUUUCUCAACAUCACCCACACUGCAUCUUUAUCUGCCCUCUUCAUCGUAGUAUGAGGAUAAAGAGCAGGAGACGGAGAUAGGGAUAGUUGGAGAAUAAGCAGGAUGUGAGGUAUGGUUUCAGUUAUGAAUGUUACAUGGGUGUUAUGUCAUACAUACACAAUAUACGAAAGGGUCUGACCAUCUGCAUUGUUAUUAUGAGUUGUUCCUCAGAUAAUAUAUUUCACGUCAUAGCUGUGCUUUUGCCCUCCUUACAGAAAUAACACAGCCCAGAAAUAGAUCUCAUUAGUGAUGUCACUGGGUGGGUGGAGAGACAAAAAAGCUUUUGAUAGAAACAUGCAGAGAACACCACAUGAACAAGUUUGCCCAAAGGCUCUCAGAGGGAAUUCAUGAGAAUGUCUCAUAUCUCCCAUGGAAUCUUGUGUAGAAAUACGAUAGCCACUGAUCAAAUUAUGGCAGAGGAACACAUAUGGGGCGAAGUUUUGCAGUACAUGUGAACGUAUUGUGGCCAAAGUCAACAUUUGUCAUCCAUUUACAUUCUAAUCAUCUGUUUACCACAGGCCUACAGUAGAAAACAACAGCCUACAAGACACCACAAAGUUCAUCAUCAGAAUGCUGACCACCUCAAAAGAGUUUACUAUGCAGAACCCUACUAACAACACCCCUCUACAACAGGAUCAUACUGAAACCAUCCAAAUACAGGAGGCCCCUACAUUAAAUAAACCCCAGUCUACAGGGGCCCUCAGAGGACAUCACCAGGUCCCUACAGAAAACAUCAGCUGUAUGGAUCUCACUGACAACCCAGGAUAAGAUAAUACAUUGCAGAACAACUGGCUUCGUGGUCCCAAAGCAGAGAGCACUUGGACAUGACAUGGAGCAGGAACAGAAAUGCAUCCCUCUCCAGAUAAUGCCUGCAGCUGUUCAUAAAGAGAGGGCCCCUACGUCUGUUAGGCAGCAUGUGGUCAGACUCCCCAAAAUAAAAACCACCAAGACCUAUUGUAUGGGGCCUCUCUGGACCCCCGGAGAU